AUGGCCGCGGCGUUCCGACCGGUGAACUCGCCUCUCGCCUCGGAGGCGGCCACCAACAGCAGGAGCAUCAUGACGCCAUCAUCCUCCUCAGCGACCCCAACGCCCCGACCGAGCACCGCUCCGCACACAGCGACAAACGCCACGAUGGACUCGAUGGACGACAAUGGUGUAACACCUACGAGGGAGACUUUUAGUCCGGCGAUAGCUGGUCAGCGACCGUUGCCCUCGAGUCCGUUCCCACACUCCGCGCACAGCCGCACAUCCGGCGAGACCGACCGCUCCAGACAGUCGCGACAGCGAGACUCGGCAGAGAUGGACCUGGAUGAGUCGGACGGCGAGCAACAAGGCUCGGACGACGGCUCGGACGAUGAGAGUGUCGACGCAGACGGCGUUCGCACGGGCAAGAAGAAAAAGUCGCAGCGCUUCUACUGCACCGAUUAUCCACCAUGCAAGCUGAGCUUCACGCGAAGUGAGCAUCUAGCGAGGCAUAUCAGGAAACAUACUGGCGAGAGGCCGUUUCAGUGCCACUGCUCACGCCGCUUCUCGCGCCUCGACAACUUGCGGCAACACGCCCAAACCGUACACGUAAACGAGGAGAUCCCCAUCAACUCGCUUGCCGCCACAGGCUCAAGAUUCCAGCGGCAGAUGAGGACGGAGCGGGCUCGUCAAGCUGGCAAUCGUGCCAGAGCCUCGACCGCUGGCAGCGCUGGCGGGCCGCCUAGGGGACACUCCAAGAGCCUCUCCACGUCCAGCAUCAACAGUAUAAGCUCCAUCAACUCCAACUACACGACGACGGUCGAUUCACGUCGAAGGCCGCCACCUCUGAUCGUCGCUGAUCCCCGCUCGAGACCUAUGGAUCCGUAUAGGCAGGCAGAGGGCCUAUACCAGUACGGCCGCCAACCCUCACCCACCGAAUACAGCACACCGACAUCAGCCACUUUCUCGACGGGCCACAGCAGUCCCCAGUGGGCGUCUGGGAUGGGAUCGCCCAGGCCAUCCCACUCUCGCUCCCAGAGCAUGUACACGCCCAGCCGUCGACUGAGCGUCCCUUCGGCCACGUUUCAAGUGAUGCAGGGACAGGUUCCCGGCCGACCAGUGUUCGGUGGUGCCGGCUCCAUGAACAGCUCCAACAGUGGGGCUUUCUCUCCGGCUUCCAACAACAUGGCUGCGUCUCCUACCAUUUCCAACGCAUCCGGGUGGUCUGGACGUCGCGACUCUGUGUCGAGCUCUGCGGAGGACUGGCGCAGGCGAACCUGGCAUCCGGAUAGCCGUGUAUAUGGCCAGGCUGGGCAUCAAAGUCAACUGAGCAGCGUCGCGAGCCAGACCAUGACAGGCCCAGAGCCGAGGCCCCCCAUGGUCAUGGACCCCGCCACCACCAAGUCGAACUUGCAACUACCAGGGAUCGAGUCGUUUGAUCAGCCAGGUGCGCAGCGUACAUCAACCACGCCGCCUCGUCGACAGCCAUCGCCCAUGAUGGUCGACGCUCAUCCACGCCCUCCGACCCUGCAGGCCCAUCACGAAGAUGAGAGGCGCAAUCUCAACGCCUACGACGCCAGUCUCCAGCGCGGGCUGAACCGACUCGAUAUUGAUCCGCACACGCCACCGCGAGACGGUGCUGGUGCGUGGGCUUCGGAGGCCAACCGUGCUGUGCAACAGGCGCAGAUGGAGAAUGCCAGGAUGAAUGGUCCCGUUGUCCGAUUCGACGCGCAGCCUCCGACAUCGUACCCUCACCCCGGUACGCAGGGCAUGCACUACCAUACCAUGUCGGCGCCCAACGUCUCGGCCAUGCGGGAGUCGAAGCGUCGCGGCUGGUACAAUGGCCCGAUGGCGACGCAUCGUGAAGAACGCGUGGAGCAGGAGCCGCGCGCUAGUCGCGUCGACAGGAUGGUCCAUCCCAACUUCACGGGCUUCAGUGGUUUCCCGGCCCGAGACCAGCAGCCUUCUGGACACCAGCAGCAGCAGCCGCCUCACCAUCACCAGCAGGAGGGCUCAUCCAGCACAAACAAUUCCCUGGGCCGGCUGGAGGCCCUGGUAGCUGUGGCUACCGGAGAAGGCGCGGCCACCGCAGCCUACUAG